CCUUUCUCCUACCUCCCUUCCCCGGCCUAGACGAUGCCGUGGUGGAGACAGCGGAGGAGGCCACGGAGCCCGCCGAGGCGGACAUCACGGGGCUGUGCCAGGACAUGUUCUCCAAAAUGGCCACGUACCUGACGAGCGAGCUCACAGCUACCAGUGAAGACUAUAAACUUCUGGAAAAUAUGAACAAACUGACUAGCUUGAAGUAUCUAGAAAUGAAAGAUAUUGCAGUAAACAUAAGUAGAAACCUAAAGGACUUAAACCAGAAAUAUGCAGCACUUCAGCCUUAUCUGGAUCAGAUCACUCUAAUUGAGGAGCAAGUAGCAGCUCUUGAGCAGGCAGCUUACAAAUUGGAUGCAUAUUCAAAGAAACUAGAAGCAAAGUACAAGAAGUUAGAGAGGCGAUGA